AUGACCGACAACGAGCGCAAGCAGACGGGGGAUCGUCCGACGCCGCCCGACGCGCUCGCCCUUCCGCACGUCGUCGAGGCCAUUGCGAUGUGCUUGAGCGACCAGGACGACUUUAGCAGCCAUCUGCACGCGGUGCCACGAUCUCUCUGGACGCCGGCGCUCUCGGCCUUUCUCGACUGCAACUCGACAACGCCGCAUUCGGUCCGCGCCAACUGGCCGCACAUCAAGCUGCGCGACAUGGACUUGCAGCCUUCGGUCUUGGCGCUUCUCGCGGCGACGCUGCCGCUGCGUCCACGUAUUCAACUGCAUUGCUUCAUCCUGGACGCAACGCAACUGGCCUCACUCGUCGCCGUCCUUGGCCCUGCGCUCAGCAGCGUCCGUCUUCAUUUUCUUGGCCACCACGUGGUCGAUCGCCAAGUCCACGCGAUCUCUAGUCUCCUCUUGCAGCGCUGCCCGCGUCUGUGGCAAGUGUCCAUCCGCGUGGGGAUCAACUGGGCGACCGACAUUGUCGAGCUCAACGGCCUGCUCGAUGUCGUCGCCCACCCGCAUGUCCACGACUUCCCGCGACCACCGUACCACGACUCGGCCAUCUCUUGGAUUCUUGGCUCUUGA